UCCCCCAUCCUCUGAACUGCUCUUCGCCUGUCUGUGUACACACGCUCCCCCAUCCGGCACAGAGUGGACGCGGCGCGGCUUAAGUCAACUGACGUGUUUUGCGCAUUUCCUGCACUGGCGAUCAGGCGCAGAGAGGGAGAGGGAAAAGGGAGGAAGACUGCAGGAAACGAGUUGAGCUCUAGCCACUUAACGGACGAGCAGCUCAAAUGCUGCGGAGGAUUCCUCAAGUCAGUAAAAGACAAUCUAGACAAGUGGAUGGCAGUUGUCCUCUAGCAGCGAGGGAUAGAGGAAGAUUCCCAAAUGCCCAGACGCCGUGGCUCGGUUCGCUCUCUCUCUCACCGCCCAUUGGAAGACAAAUAGUUGGAAGACAACGCUACUCAGGACCUUCACGUUUUGGGGUAUUUCCUCAGCACUGAAAGCUUGGCGAACGGGGAGAGAUCGCCUUUACGUUGGCAUCGUUUCCCUUCUUAACUGCCAAACUGUUUUCCAGUUACUGUCCAUUGUCGAAUAAAUCUCCACCUGAAUGUUAUUCCAGACAGAGGGGAUUUGUUUGUUUACGUGUGUUCACAGUCGUAGAACGGACCAUCAACAAAACCAGGAGAAUCGAACUCCUUGCUUUUGCUGAGUGUUGUUUUGCACUCUGAGAGCGCAUAUUCAUUUUCAUUAAAGUAGAUUGAGGUGUUAUUUUUCGUUUCAUGAAGAGACCUGUAGCCUAGGUUAUUGGACGUCGUAAAAGCAAACUGGAAUUUUAUCAGAGCAGCAUCCACCUAAAUGCGUUGAUGCAUAUUGAUGACGUGAUGGUAACUGCAUGCAAAACGCAUCCCCUGGAAUAAAUCCCGUAACUGCAACCUAUUUGAUACUGUAAGGUAAGCAGUUCCAUACACUAGCACAAUCAUGGUCGUCUUCAACGGGCUACUGAAGAUAAAGGUUUGCGAGGCUUUGGACCUGAAGCCCACCCCAUGGUCGCUACGACACGCCGUCGGACCAAAGACUCAAACCUUUUUGUUGGACACAUACAUCGCACUCAAUGUUGAUGACUCGCGCGUGGGGCAGACCUCUACAAAACAGAAGACUAAUAGCCCGGCAUGGAAUGAUGAGUUCGUUACAGAGGUUUAUGAUGGGAAGAAAAUUGAACUGUCAGUCUUUCACGACGCACCCAUUGGCUAUGAUGAUUUUGUGGCCAACUGCACCAUUCAGUUUGAAGACCUGCUGCAGAAUGGCAGUAGACACUUCGAAGACUGGAUUGAUCUGGAGCCAGAGGGCAAAGUCUAUGUCAUCAUCGACCUGUCAGGAUCCUCCAGUGAAGUGGCAGCAUCCAAGGAAAAUGAAGAGCGAGUGUUCCGUGAGCGCAUGCGACCACGAAAGCGUCAGGGGGCAGUUCGGAGGCGUGUCCAUCAGGUUAAUGGGCACAAGUUCAUGGCCACUUACCUGAGACAACCAACCUACUGUUCUCACUGUCGAGACUUCAUCUGGGGCGUGUUAGGAAAGCAGGGAUACCAGUGUCAAGUGUGUACCUGUGUGGUCCAUAAACGAUGCCACGAGCUCAUCAUCACAAAGUGUCCCGGGCUAAAGAAACAGGACGACACUCCAGAGGAGGUUGGCUCUCAACGCUUCAGUGUAAACAUGCCUCACAAGUUCAGUAUUCACAACUACAAAGUACCAACCUUCUGUGACCACUGUGGCUCUUUGCUGUGGGGGCUGAUGCGGCAGGGGCUGCAGUGCAAAGUGUGUAAAAUGAAUGUUCACCGGCGAUGUGAGUCUAAUGUAGCUCCAAACUGUGGAGUGGAUGCUAGAGGGAUCGCUAAAGUUUUGUCUGAUCUUGGAGUGACACCAGACAAGAUCUCCAACAGCACCCAACGCAGGAAAAAGUUGACUCCAGGCCAGGAUGCCCCUCCGGCUGCAUCGGAGCCCACCGCAGCUGAGGACUCAGACCGAUGCAAGUCAGCUCCAACAUCACCUUGUGACCAGGAGCUGGCAGAGCCCGAGAGCAUCCGUAAGGCUUUGUCCUUUGGCCAGGAGCACAAGUCUUCCUCUUGUUCCUCUCAAGGCACUGGGCUUCAGAACCCUGAGAACGAGGGCCAUGAGAAUGGAGACACAAAGAACAUCCAGUCAAAGAGGAUGAGCCUUUCUGACUUUUCCUUCAUCAAAGUGCUGGGCAAGGGCAGCUUCGGCAAGGUAAUGCUGGCUGAACUGAAAGGCACAGAUGAGGUGUAUGCGGUGAAGGUGCUGAAGAAAGACGUGAUCCUGCAGGACGAUGAUGUGGACUGCACUUUGACUGAAAAGCGCAUCCUAGCCCUGGCCAGGAAGCACCCCUAUCUUACCCAACUCUUCUGCUGCUUCCAGACCAAGGAUCGGUUAUUCUUUGUCAUGGAAUAUGUGAAUGGAGGAGAUCUGAUGUUCCAGAUCCAGCGUUCGCGGAAAUUUGAUGAGGCUCGUUCACGUUUCUAUGCUGCUGAAGUCACAUCGGCUCUCAUGUUCCUGCACCAGCAUGGAGUCAUCUAUAGGGACCUAAAGCUUGAUAACAUUCUGCUGGAUGCCGAGGGCCACUGUAAGCUGGCAGACUUUGGCAUGUGUAAAGAGGGAAUUCUGAAUGGCGCCACCACUACCACCUUCUGUGGCACUCCUGACUACAUUGCUCCUGAGAUCCUGCAGGAACUGGAGUAUGGUCCAUCAGUGGACUGGUGGGCUCUGGGUGUGCUGAUGUAUGAGAUGAUGGCGGGCCAGCCACCAUUUGAGGCAGAUAAUGAGGAUGACCUGUUUGAAUCUAUCCUCCACGAUGACGUGCUCUACCCAGUCUGGCUCAGCAAAGAGGCCGUUAGCAUCCUCAAAGCGUUCAUGACCAAGAGUCCGAACAAGCGCCUGGGCUGCGUGGCCUCUCAGGGACUGGAGGAUGCCAUAAAAGUUCACCCCUUCUUUCGAGAAAUAGACUGGCUUCUGCUAGAGCAGCGGAAGAUCAAACCGCCGUUCAAACCGCGCAUAAAAACCAAGAGGGAUGUGAAUAACUUUGACCAGGAUUUCACACGUGAGGACCCUGUCCUCACUCCUGUGGAUGAUGCCAUUAUUAAACAAAUCAACCAGGAGGAGUUUAAAGGCUUUUCCUACUUUGGAGAAGAGACACUGCCCUAAACUUUGGCUUUGUCGCAACUAUCCACGUGCACUCGUGCGCACACACACACACACACACACACACACACACACACACACACACACACAAACACACACAAACACGAAAUCACACACAGUCUGGUGUAAGCGUGGAUGCAAGUGCUGUUUACAGGGUAGGCUGAGGGCCAUGGUGUGCUUCUCAAACUACUACAGAUUUCCUUCUCCUGCUAUGUGUGCUCCUCCAAACACUUCCUCCUGCCUCCUUUUCCUUCAGCUCUUUUCUCCCUAGGCCUCUCUAGCCACUCUGAUACUCCAGUACUGAAAGCUCCUUUGCAAACUGAGUGUCCUCAGCAACUGGACAGUAGAAGUGGAAAUGCACUAUCUUGUACCAAAUUUGAUGAUACCAAUGAUUGUACUGCCAUUCAGAAUCAGGUCUAGACUUCUUUGGAAGGAAAUGAGGAGAAAACGCUGAUUAUGGUAAUAAUUAUGAUGAUGAUGAUGAUUGAUGAUGAUGUCCUGGAGGAACAGAAUGCCCUGCAUAAGUGACAAUGAAAUGUGCUGUGUUGUGUUGUGCAGUCAAAUGCCUUUUUGUGUAUUCAGGUGAAAUUUUGGGAUCAAUUUUAUUAAAUGAAAAUAUGAAGAAAAAAAUGUAUAGCAUACAGUAUAUUCCAACACAGUGUUAUGAAGGUCUGUUAGGAAUGACGACCUGCUGUAUAUGGGUUGUGUUGAUCUGAAGUGUUGACUGGUCAGCCUGUAUCCAUGUGCAUGUGUUUGCAUGCAUGAGUGCACAUGCCAUUUUCAAGCUCUUAAUUUUGGCUGUAGCUUUCCUGUUGUUCUGCAUUGGUCCUGCCUCUCUGCUUGGCUGUGCGAAUCCUGCUGUGUGUGCAUUGCUCAGCCACUAUGCAACUGGAGAGACAGAAACAGAGAGGUCAGUGACCACAGCUGUCUUACCCUUUGUACAGAGCACAAAGUGUACAUAAUAUCUGUUCCAAAGCCUGUGAAUGCUUCAAGUAGAGUAGUCAGCUGUUAGAUGGUGGGCCAAAUUAUGUUAUUAUUUAAGUACUACCAGUCUAUGGAGAAGGGAAAAAAAGAAUUCUGAUAUCCAUGUGCAAUACCAUGAUUUUGUUUCUCUUUUAGCAACUUUUUUUUUCUAUUGCUGUUCUUAUUUUUGCUGUUGUUUGUUUGUUUUUGUGUGGUCUUUUACUGUUGACCACUCCUGCUGAUCUCAGAUGGUGAUGACUGUCCUGUGGGUUAGAAACCCAGCGGAACAACCGGAUGUUUUUGUUGACCUAAUGAGGAGGGUCUCUCUCUCUUUCUCUAUCCUACUUGCUCUCUCUGUAUAUGUCUGUAUGCCACCCUCUUGUACAUAGAGCAUUAAUUGUGGAAUGUAGUGUAAUAUUGUGUGUUAAUAAUUUAUUUUACAGUAUGCAUAUACAUAUAGUUGCCCUUCUCAUUGUGUCAAUAAGCAGUUUAUUUCCUACUGUGCUGUUUGUCUGCAUAUUUUAAACAAGGAAGCCUUGUUACGAAACUCGCAAAACUUUUUGGAAUAGUUUGUUCCCCAGCCAUGUAAUUGCAUCUUGUACAUUUACAAUAAUGGUUUAUGUGGGUUAAUGAGGUAUGUAUGAAAUGUGAUCAAAGAUGGAGACGGUUUAGCAGAUGUAGUAAAGGGUCAGUUUCAGGCAAUCUAAUUAAACCUUACUGGAAUGUGAUGACUUUGCUUGAACAAGUCAGUGGCAAUUUGAGGAAUCUUCAGUUUUAUAUUCAAAGCAGUUCUUUUAUUGAUGCCCCUCCCUUUUCUUCUAAUGUUAAGAAUGUAUUCUUUAGGAAAGUGUUUUGAAUUUUUAUGUUGUACUGUUUGUUGAAUUUUAAAAAAUUAUCUGUGGGUCAUAAGUGUUACUUGUCUUUGUGGAAUUUUUUCCACAGUGUAAUCUUCUCUCUGCUGCUCUCGAUGGACUCGCUCAUGCCCAAUGCUUUGGCCCAACUCUGGCCUGUUUUCUUACCAUUCUUUCUUUUCUUUUCUUUUUUUAAACUGUAAAUUAUGGAAAUAAUUAUAUAAGAAUCCACAAUGAUAUGUCUUCAAAUUUAAACAAAGUAAAUAAAACAAGCAGUUAAAAUAUUACCUCUUAAAUUAAGUGCAAAUGUUUGUCUGGCUGAAUAUUAAAUAUUUGCGCAUACAGUAUUAUAAUACAUCAGUUUCAUAAUGUAUGAUAGUGCUGUAUGUAUUAUAUACAUCUUGUAUUAGACUUUAGUUCCUGUUUGGUGAAGCUUUAUGUGCACAGAGGUAUCUUUCUGGAUACUCCAGCGUUCUCUCAUUGUAAGAAUUUUAUCAUGUGCCAAACGUACUGUAAUCUAAAGGAUGUGAAUGUGUUUGGUUUUUCUUUUUGAACCUAUUAAAGAUUAAGAUGUCAAAAAAUAAA